UUGUAUAAACUUUUUAUAUAAUUAGUUUUAUAAUCAAAGAAGCAAAAUCAAUGGACAGUAAAGGGAAGAUUGCUGUAAUUGGCAGUGGGUUGAUUGGUAAAUCCUGGGCUGCAAUGUUUUGCAAAGCAGGAUAUUCUGUUUGUUUGUAUGAUAACAACUUAGAUCAACUGGUAUCAGCUGUAGAGGGAGUAAAGUUGUUGCUAAAAGAAUUUCAAGAAAAAGGUUUAGUUAAUGAAAAAUUUACUACAGUUGAAGAUGCAAUGAGUUUGCUCUCAACAAGUACCACUCUUCAGCAAGCUGUGAAUGAAGCUUUGUUUGUACAGGAAUCUAUUCCUGAAAAUCUUGACUUGAAGAAAAACUUGUUUAAAGAACUGGAUAACAUAGUUUCUGAAAAGACAAUAUUGAGUAGUUCUUCCUCUUGUCUUUUUCCAUCAUUGUUUACAAAUGAAUUGGUUCAUAAAGCACAAUGUUUAGUUUCACAUCCAGUAAAUCCACCUUAUCUUGUACCGUUAGUUGAAGUUAUUCCAGCCACAUACACCCAUCAGAAAGUGGUUGAUGAUACAAUGAAGAUUAUGAAAGAUAUUGGACAACACCCUGUACUUGUAAAGAAAGAAGUGAAUGGUUUCAUCCUUAAUCGACUUCAAUAUGCUGUAUUAAUGGAAGCAUGGCGUCUUGUAGAGGAUGGAGUUUGUUCGCCUGAAGAUAUUGAUACUGUAAUGACACAAGGGCUUGGCUUAAGAUACUCGUUAAUUGGUCCAUUUGAAACAAUUCAUUUAAAUGCUCCAAAUGGUGUGAAAGACUACUGCGAGCGGUAUGGAACAAAUAUAGAAGCGAUAUGUAGAGAGCAAGAAAGCACCCGGUCAUGGUCUGGUUCCACAAUGGAGGCGAUUCAUCAAGCAAUGUGUCAGAAAAUUCCGCUUGAGUCUCUAAACGACAGACGCGCACUACGUGAUCAACGACUAAGUGCACUUGCUGUUCAUCGGAAGUACGCAGAUCAUAAAUGAUGUUAUACAAUUUUUUGUUCUUUAAUAUAUAGAGAAGAUAAAAACUAAAUUUAGUUA